AUGGCUCAAGCUAUGGACGAAAUUGAUCCAUCACUCAUGCACGUUGAUGAUCAAUACUUCUUCGAAACUGCCCAGCCCGUGGGGAUAAGUCAACCAACUCCCUUAGUUAUUCCCACUUUUGAAGAUCCGAAACGAAUAAGAAACCGCCUAGCGCAACGAAAAUUCCGAUCAAAGGCGAAUAAAAAACAGCAGAUUGAGUCAAAGGAAAGAGAUCAAGUUGCUUUGGGAGAGGGAGUUCACUUGCACAGAAGUAACAGUAUACAAUACUUAUCUGGCUUGGAAGGAGACGCUCUAAGCGGAGAUAGCCUUGAUUCGUUAUUGUUUAAUGAUACCUCGGAAUCCUCAUCAUUCGUUGAACAAGUGUAUUCCGCUACCUACACCAAUGUACCUACACACAGCUCUGCUGGUACCAAUGCAUGCUCCCUCGAGGAAAUGGCUUUACCGUUUUCUUUGAACAAGUCAAUUAACGUAAGGGCCACAGGAACCUCUACAUUGCCCACUUCUCAGUUCAAUACCUUCGCCACAAAUUCCAACUCUAAUAGCCGUGGAGAUGAUUGGCCUCAACCUCAUCAUCCAGCCACCUUGAACGGGGAGAGCCAAAACAAGUCCGAGGCACAGGCGCGGCCGAAUUCGAGAUUUUCUGUAUCGAGUAAAGACUUUGAAUCUUCCGAGUUAGCUUCAGAUACUCAACGGAAAGCCUCGCCUGGUCCUCUCACGUUAGAACAGCGCAUUCGACACAUACUUGAUGCAACUGAGGAAAUGGGAUUUGAUAGCAUUGACGCAGUCGCGACAUUAUACUACACAGCCAGGUUUCCGAAACACUCUUUGUUGCAUUACGCGCAAUCAACAAGCCGCAGUCAUCGUCUAGGCAAGUUUUUAUCGAGUCUCCACGAGAGUUCAAACCAUUGGGUUGGUCGUGAGGCCCGUGGGUAUCACGACGGACAGAUAUCAUGUAUAGAGCGUACAUGUACCUCUGAACUAGGGAGUUUACUUCAACAUAUCCCACUGGCUAUUAAGCAGGAUACCAAAAAACGCACUUUUAUUGUGGAUAUAAUUAGUAAGCAAUAUUUAAAAGAACAGGGUAAAGGCAAGAUAUAG